CCAGCAGCAAAUGUAAGUGUGCAUUGCUUUCCAAGAACAGUUGUCGGGCUUCACUACCACGACCAUCUUGCCAUUAAGACAGCAGAAAUCCCCAAAGGUUACUCCAUGCUUGAUUUCAAGAUGUUUCUCUAAGAUUCUUACAAUCUAAAGAUACAAGAUUCAUCACAGACAUCACAGACGGAAAAACCCAUGUUGAUACUUAUAUCUCUCAAAAACUCAAGGGUCUUUAUGAAUGAAGAUGAGAUGGUGACCAUGAUGAAGGCAUUGGGCUUCAGAGUUGUCAUCGCACAGCCUGAUAUGAUGGCUAAUAUGGAAAAAUUUGUGGAGAUAGUAAACUCGUGCAGCAUAUUGGUUGGUGCCCACGGUGCUGGGCUUACAAAUGCUGUCUUCUUGCCGGAAGGGGCUGUCCUGAUGCAAGUGGUGGGGCUGGGCAUAGAUUGGAUAUCGAACACUUACUUUGGCAUCCCAGCUCUAGGAAUGGGUUUGAAUUACAUAGAUUACAAAAUUGAACCAGAGGAAAGCUCUCUCAUCUCUUUGUAUGGCAAAGAUCACCCUGUCAUUGUUGAUCUGAAAUCCAUAACCUCGAAAGGGUUUGAGGUUGGUAGGGCUGUGUACCUUAUAAAGCAGAAUUUUAAUAUUGAUGUUGUAAGGUUUAGAAAGACUCUUGUCAAAGCACUUGGACUUCUUGGACGCUCAGCUCCUUUGGGCUGA